CCGCCUCUUUUGCCGAGAUUCGCCGGCCUCUCCAAGCUCCAUCUACUUAGGCAUCUCGAGACGGCUCCAACUCUCACCAUGUCCACGCCCACGGUCAAGAAUCUGUCAACCGUCUUGUCAUCAGCCCCGAAAUCCGCCCUGAUCUCUGCUUCCUCCAGCAUCCCUCCACCUUCUUCAUCUUCUUCCACUACUACUGCUGCCACUGUUGCUUCACGGCGCGUGCCUCUAGACAAGCGGAAGCGCACCGAAACCAGCUGCGACAAGUGCAAGUCGAGAAAGCAAAAAUGCAGAAAGGAGCCCGGCCAGGAUGCCUGUCGCUAUUGCAUACUGCACAACAUCGAGUGCUUGACCACCCAACCGCGCAAGAAGAGGCUCUACGGCAGUGUCGAGGGCUUGAGCAACCGCCUGGCCCUGCUUGAGUCGCUGGUCAAAGGCCUGCUCCCAGAAGCUGAUGUCUCCAAUUUGGAAGAGAUGCGCCAGCUUGGCCUUUCUCUGGGCAUUUCUCUCCCAGAUCCGGCGAACGGCGCCCCCAACGACAGCGAUCCGGAAAACAGCACUGGCACUGCCUCUGCCAUACAACCUGGCACUGACACAGCGGGCCCUGAGAGAGACGAACCGCUCUCUUUCAAGCUGUUACCAGACCAGCAAGGCCAGGUGCAAUACAUUGGCCCAUCGAGCUCUUUCUCCUUCCAUCUCAAGCUGCGCUCCCUGUGCGGUCAGGGCACGCGUCGAGAGUUUGUGCUUUUUGGCAGAAAUCCGGCCGAAGCGAACGUAACACCGGGGGAUGAUGACAACGACCCAAACGCCUUCUCCUCUCCCAGGAGCGCUGCAGUAACUACAACCAACAACUCGCCGUGCCAGACCGGCUCGGGUGCCGCCACCGAGACAGAGGCCCCCGCCUUCGAUUCACUGAUAACCGCCUACUUUGCCCACAUCAACCCAGACUUCCCCGUGCUUCACGAAGUUUCGUUCCGCGUGGCAUAUGGAGAGUGGCUCGAAGACAAUUCCAGCGCCGAUCCGGCUUGGCUCUGUAGUUUCCUCUGCAUGCUGCUGCUCGCUCGUCGCGUGGCGCGCGUGCCCAUACCUGAAGAAGAAGAGAAGAGGUGGUGGCGUCGUAUUCAAACUUUGCUCCCCGUCGUCAUCUUCACGUCUAGCGUUGUGGCCGUGCAGGCGCUUCUUCUAGCUGCAAUCCAUCUGCACAACACAAAUCAUCGGGACGCGUGCUGGAACCUUACUGGCACGGCCGUGCGCAUCGCUUUCGCCAUUGGUCUCCACCAGGACAACGUCAACGGGGCGCAGAAACCACUGGCUCGAGAGCUUAGGAAAUGUCUGUGGUGGACCCUGUACGCCUUUGAGCAGAUGCAAGUUUCAUCAUAUGAUCGUCCGAGUGCUGUCGACCAGUUCGGUUUCAAAGUUAGCUGUCCUAACGCGCAGAUUCUCGAUUCGACACAACUAUACCCGCCCGAAUACUGCAAGUGGUUCAACCGCAUGGUUGUACAUUUGAGCUCUACUUGCAGAGCUCCGAAAAACACAAAGUCGAGUGCUACCGAGGAGCUCUAUGCUGGCCCACUUUCGCCCGCCUUUGGAGUAAAGCGAGAUCUGGAGCGAUGGCAAGUCAGCCUGCCUCAACACUUGCGCAUGGAGGCUCUCGAGAGCUCGCGACCGACUUUCCAGCGCCCCAUUCUGCUUCUGCACGCCCUAUACCAUUAUACCGUGAUUGUUUUAUGCAGAGCUGCUUUGCUGGAGCGCACAACUCUACUCGCGCGCGAAGGCGCCGACUCCCCAAACACCGCCCUCAUUGAACUGGCAGACUUCUGCGCAGAAUCUGGAAAAGCACUGGCACGGAUACUUCUGAGGCUUCAAGGUAGGGGUAAACUCGAUGUUAUAGUCUGGUGGGACGGCUUCUACGCUUUGUCUUCAGCUUCGGUGCUUUUACUGGACAUUGUGUGCACGCAUUGCCUGGGAACUUUAUCAGGAGGAGUCAACAGUAAUGUGCAUAAUGAAGUCCCUGAAUCGCGAAUCCUACUCUCCCAGCUCACAGACCUGGCACAGCAACACAAUCGGAAUGAGCACAUCCCAGGAACGAUCGAGAAGUUCAUCUCUAUAAUCCCGGAACUACACGCCAUGGCGGACUCGGCAAUCAACAAAAUGCUCAUUGCCGCCGCAACAACAGUAGCAACAAGCUCAGACUCCAUUGCUUCCCCUACGACUAUCUCUGCGACCACCAUGCUCGAGCCCCUUCUUCAAGACCACCCGCCAUCACAACCACGCCCACACCUCCCGUCACAACCACAACAGCAACAACCACAAGAAGCGCUUCCAAUGCCUCACCCUAUGGCACACCAGAAUCCGCACAAUCAUCACCAACCACCUCCCCUUUCGAUAUCACCCUUCAUGUUCAGCCAAUCCACAACCAACAACGGCGCCUUAGUCUUCGCAGACACAAGCGCUUCCUCGCCGCACCACCCUCAUCAUCACCAUCCAUACAACAUCCCCGUAUCCGCCGGUCCAACCCAACGCUUCUUCCCCACCGACUUCCAACAGCAACAGCAGCAGCAGCAACAACAAAAUCCACACCCGCAUCCACACUCCCACAACCUCCCACAUACACACGCUGUCAACCGCCCUGCGAAUCCGCUUCCCCACCAACAUCAACACCAACACCCGCAUCAGUACCCCCACGCCCAGCAUCCUCCACCCCAACAACAGCAACCUCAGAAUCCGAACCACAUUCCGUCAUCUUCCUCUCCACGCUUCGACCGGAACCUCCAGAUGAGUUUUAUGGAUUUCACGGUAAAUCAGAUACAAGAGUGGAAUUGGGCGGAUCUGGGAUCUUUACUCGGUGGCAACGGAAACGGGAACAACCCUGGGACCACGAAUAACGGCGGUGCUGGGACUGUGAACAACGGAACUCUCACAGGUGACAUACAGGGUGUGGACGGGAGUGCGGGGCUGGGCGGUUCGCGAGGGGGUCCUGGAGGAGGCGGUGGAGUGGAUAGAGGACGAUGA